GUUUAUAGAAAUUCAUUUUGAGGAAACUGAACAGCUGCAAUACAUGACGUCUUCAUCUUGCUUAAUUGUGGUUAUUAAUUUAAUUAUUCAAAAUUAUUUGUAAUAUUUUACGCAACUUAAUUCGAUAAGUAUAUUAAACAUGGCGGACAGCGCAGAAGGCGAAGAGGAAGAUGCAGGAAUUCCUUUACUAGAUAAAGACGAACUUGAUGUUGAUUUGACACAUAGACAAAUUGAGAAGAUUGAAAAUUUAGAUCAUUUACAUAAGAUUGAGACAUUGUGCCUUCGAAGAAAUGUUAUUCAGAAAAUUGAAGGUUUGGAGACGCUAGUUACUUUGGAAGACCUCGAUCUUUAUGAUAAUCAGAUUGAAAAAAUUGAAAAUUUAGAAUCUCUCGUCAAUCUCAAAGUUUUGGAUCUGUCUUUUAACACUAUCAAAGUUAUUGAAAACAUUGGAUCUUUGACAAAACUUCAGAAACUGUUCUUUGUUCAAAAUAGAAUUUCAAGAAUUAAAAAUUUAACAAACUUAACAUCAUUAACAAUGCUUGAACUUGGGGCCAACAAGAUAAGGGUAAUUGAUGGCCUAAACUCAUUGGUCAAUUUGGAAAGUUUAUUUUUGGGUAAAAAUAAAAUAAGCAAGUUGGAGAACCUUGGUAGAUUAAAGAAACUUAGACUGCUCAGUAUCCAAAGUAAUCGUAUCACAAAAUUAGAAGGACUUGAAGAUCUGGAAAAUUUAGAAGAAUUAUACAUUAGUCAUAAUGGAAUAAAAGUGAUUGAAGGUCUUGAGAAACUGGUAAAUCUCAAUACACUGGAUUUGGCAUCAAAUGAAAUCACUAGGAUAGAAAACUUGAGUCAUCUCAAUAAAAUUGAGGAAUUUUGGUUCAACAAUAAUCUACUGAGCUCUUGGAAUGAUCUUGAGUCGCUGACAAAAAUUGAGACAUUGCAAACCAUUUACUUGGAGGGAAAUCCUAUAGCAAGUGACGUUAACUAUAGAAGAAAGGUGAAACUAGCUUUGCCAUUUCUUAAACAAAUUGAUGCAACACUCACCCGAUAAAUAUUUACUUCUACGUAGUUGAUUAUUUGUUAUAUACAUAGAUAACUGCUGAUUACUCUAUUACUUUAAUGUACAAUAAUAUGCUUGUCUUUCCACAUUUAAUGUAUAUAAUUUGUAGUCCAUUAAAGAUAAGUUUAUUAAAGCUGGUUUGGGGCUACAUGCAAUAUGCUGUUAUUUAAAUAUACUGUAUUACUUACCUCUGA